AUGAUGCGCGCGCUGCCUACCACCAAUGCUGUUUGUUUCCUCUUCCUCUCUACCCUCGCCUUCGCCUACGGUGCUCCCUCCUCGUUGACUGGGGACCUCAUUGAUGCUCUGGGAGGGACUCAUCUACAUCUCCAACAGCCCAAUAGCCAAACACAGCACUCUCGACUGCACACCCACAUCAACAUCACCAAAUACGUCUCCCUCGACUAUAUCCUUGAGGAUCCCAUCAUUCUUGGCAUCACAGAUUCCAGUCUUAUCAAGGACAUGGCACUUACUCAGGAUGGGUCGAGCAUCAUUUCGCUGGGGUAUCUUGACCUCAUUAAUCCGGAUGUGUAA